CAGCCAAAGAGUGUCGGCAGGGAGCUGGGCGGUGCUGGUUAAAGCACCUGAGUCGGGGCGGAGAGUUUCUCCGGAACCUGCAUUGAGGCGCCCGGAGGCGAGGGGACGGCUUUGAGAGUGGCAGAACGCGGAAGCGGUUGUUUGCGGAGCGGCCGGGGGUGCCCGGCUGAGCACGGCAUCUCCGCGGAACGCAGCGGGGCCGCGCCCCCCUCUCACCCCAUACCAGCACCGCCGCCGCCGCAGCCAUGUCCUCCGAUUUCGAGAGCUACGAGCAGGACUUCGCGGUGCUGACGGCCGAGAUCACGGGCAGGAUCGGGAAGGUGCCGAAGCUGGUCGGAGAUGAGAAGAAGCAGAUGGUUGCAAAUAUUGAGAAACAGCUCGAAGAAGCAAGGGAACUGCUUGAGCAGAUGGAACUUGAAGUUCGAGAGAUCCCACCUCAAAGCCGAGGAAUGUACAGCAGUCGAAUGAGAAGCUACAAACAAGAAAUGGGAAAACUUGAAGCUGAUUUUAAAAGGUCACGAAUCGCCUACAGUGAUGAGGUGCGGAAUGAGCUCCUAGGGGAUGACGGGAAUUCCUCAGAGAACCAGUUGAUAAAAUUACGUGAAGAGAGGGCACAUCUGCUCGAUAACACAGAGAGGCUGGAAAGGUCAUCUCGGAGACUAGAGGCUGGAUACCAAAUAGCAGUGGAAACCGAACAGAUUGGACAGGAGAUGCUGGAAAACCUCAGCCAUGACAGAGAGAAGAUCCAGCGUGCUCGGGAAAGGCUUAGAGAAACUGAUGCAAACCUGGGGAAGAGUUCCAGGAUUUUGACGGGAAUGUUGCGAAGGAUCAUACAAAACCGGAUUUUGAUGGUCGUUCUGGCAGUCAUCAUCAUCUUCACCACCAUAAUGGCUAUUUAUUUUUCUGUCAAGGGACGCUGAUAUCUUUGUUCUUCACUAAAGAGCAACAAACUGCUUGUUCUGAGUAAUUAAGACAAAGUGGUCACAUGAAUCAUUCUCUUGCACUGACAGAAUCUCCCUCUCUUUUCCACUCUUCAACUCAGGUGCAAGUGGUGUAAAGUAUUUUGUAUUAUUGAUGGCAUGGUUGAUGGCAUGUGGGGUUGAUUAUUUUUUCUUACCUUUUUUGUCUUUAUCUGAGUGUUUCCAGAAUCUUAAUAUUUGCUGGGGUGAAGGUUUGUUCUGGUAUUAAAAAAAAAAACUUAACGAGUAGAAUUCUACCCCAGACAAUUAGCCUGUAAGUUACCAGAGUUUAGGAGGGAAGAGGAAUCUUUGCACUUUUCUUGUGCUAUGCGAGGUGUGUGAAUAUCAAGCAGUAUUUGACUUUCUGUGAUAUAGAAUAUAAGUAAAGCAGAGACCAAAUGAUGUAGAAAGUGAACCCGUCUCCUGUGACUAACACCCAGUCGUGCUUUAUCGUAAUAGACAUAACCUGAUUAAGAACAGUAGCUAGUUUUAAAAAGAGAGCAACCAUAGGAUGAUGUUCAAUAUCUGGUAUGAAUCCACUCUAUUUAACUUCUUUUUUUAAAAAAUAGGCUUUGUUUUUUGCUUAUUCAAAACAAUUCCACUUUCAUCAAGAUCGUGAUAGUGCAUCACUUACCCAAAAUGUUGCUUUCACUACAGCCCAGCUAUUGAAUCUGGUUUAGAUCCUCUGAUGUUGAUAUAUAUACUGAAAAGCAUACACACUAGGCCCUUAUUGAAGAUGGCUAAAGAUACUUACCUGUUCACUGGUGACUGAAAAGAGAUCCUAAUAGUUCAGUGACAGAUACAUCGUUAUACUGCAUUAAACAAAAAUCUAGAUCUUUAAUAUUGGCCUGACUAAUUGGAGCCUGCAUGUUGGAAAUAUUUUGAGUGUAUUAAAUUCUGAUGUGAUAUUCCUCUUUUUAAACAGAAGCUGUAAAACUGUUAAUUUAUACAUGCUUUUAGCUGAUACAAUAUACCAUAGUUUCAUCUACCUGUGUGUAAGUGAGCUGUUUCUCUUUUCCCGUUGGCUGUCCUCCUGUAAACAGGUCUAGGUCAUUUGCCUUAUAAAUAAGCUUACAACUCCAGCAAAGGUCUAUUUCUGGUGAUGUGGUAAAGUAAUUUUCAUUAUAACUUCUGAAUUCUUUAUAUGCAAACCCUGACAAAUAUUACAAAUUCAGGGGGAUUUUAAGACCUUGAAAUUAAGCUGUAAAAUCUUUUCAGAAAGAUGUUCAGAGAAACCAAAAGCUAGUGGCUUUAAAACUCCCCCCACAUUAGGUAGGAACUGAGCACUGAAUUCUCACAUGUGCCUUAGUAUUUGGGGGCUUUUGGCAUCCUUGUGGUCUCUGCCAACUUAUUGUGCUGCCCCUGGGAGUUGAUUUUGCUAUAAACAUCUGGAAAUUGAUUUUGGCCCUAAAUAUGUCCCCUCUUUUCUCUACGUGGAAGCAAAUAACUCAGCUGAAAGGAUGUCAGUACUGAUGCCACAGCUAAGACAUUGAAAGAUGAUGUUAAAUGUAGAAUAAAAGGAUCCACAAGAAAAAUGAUAC